GCGUUGGUGGUUCUGGGAAGAAUCGUACAAACUGGAAUUUAUGGUCGUAAAGCAAAUUAUCUCUUAGGAAAAGCGAUGAUUGAUGAAGCUCAUAAUAUGGAAAUGAUAAGUAGAAAAUUAAGUCCUAUUUAG